GACGAACGUUUUGUUACCUUACAUGAUCGAGCUUCUGAUCAGCAUUCAAGCUCCCAAGUCCAACAAGCGAAUUUGAACAAGAAGUUCGGCAAAAGUUACUCUCACUUUUCCAACCUACGUCCAUGGAACAUUCUAAACCACAGAAGAACAACCAACAUGUUGUUUUCAGAGGAGCACUCGCAGCACCUAAAGAAGUGGAUAGUCGAGCGCCUCGAGAAUACAUCUGACGCCGACCCGGACGUCCUCGCCGACUAUGUUCUGGCCCUCCUGCGCCACGAUGGCAACGUCGACGACGUGCGCAAGCUCUGCGAGGAGGAAAUGCCCGACUUCCUCAAAGAAGACUCGCCGGUAUUCGUGAGCGAUCUGUUUCAAGCUCUCACAUACCAAUCAUACCUACCCGGCGCCCGACCCCCGCCUCAGAAGUAUGCAGCCCUUCCGACCCCUGGUGAUGCCGGUCAACCGCCUCCGAGUCUUUACUACGAUGAUAGCCCCGUGGGCGCCGCUCCGACGUACCCGCCCCCGUUUCGGAAUGGGUCGAGAAAGCGGCCGUACACCGAUUGGGACGACCCAAAUGCUCAGCAGAAUGGAAGGGACGCCGGCAUCGGCGCGAGAGCGUUCAAGCAGCCUCGGCGAGGGGGGCGCGCGUCGAGACCAGACGACUUCAGAGGCGUUGCCGCCGGGAUUCCGCCUUACCACCCGCCCGGCCAACUGUCGCCCCAGGGCCCUCCAGGACCCUCGUUGGUCGGCUAUUUUCACCCUAAGGGCGCCAUGGAUGCAGCUGCAAUGUUCGGCAUGAGCCUUGCCGCCGGACAUCCCAUGCCUGAACUCCUGUCACAGGAACGCCCCAGGAGGAGGAAGAAGUGCCGUGACUGGGAGAAGAAGGGUUACUGUCAGCGCGGGAGCAACUGCAAGUUUGCGCAUAGCGACGAUCCCGUUUAUCCGCCUCCGCCUGGACCUCCAUUUGGCGCCAUGCAGCCGGUACCGCAGCCCCCGGCUGUCGAAGAGUAUGACCCUGCCAAUGCCCUCAUUCCCGACCUCUUCAACGGACGCGGUCCGAUUUCCGGGCAGACUGCCGUCCCUGACAUUGGCCGCCCUCUCAGACUUCGAGGCGGCAAGCAUCAGAACCGUCAAAGCCGGGGCGAGAAAGCGCCGUUUUCUGCGGACGGACCCGUCUUCGACAGGGCGAAGUCCACGAUCGUGGUGGAGAAUAUUCCGGAGGAGAACUUUAGCGAAGACCAGGUGAAAGGCUUUUUCUCGCAGUUUGGCUACAUCCUGGACAUUUCAAUGCAGCCGUAUAAGAGAUUGGCUAUUGUCAAAUUUGACAGCUGGAAUGCCGCCAAUGCCGCCUAUCAGUCACCAAAAGUCAUCUUCGACAAUCGCUUUGUCAAGGUGUUUUGGUACAAAGACGAUGAAUCUGCGCUCCCGGCCUCGGCACCCAUGGUGGGAGGUGCGCCCGGCGCAAAGAGGGCACAGGCCACCAGCGGCUCAUCCCUUGCUGAUGGUAGCCACGCUGGCCCGCAUCCCGAGAUAGACUUGGAAGAGUUCGCCAAGCAGCAAGAGGAGAAGCAAAGGGCAUAUGAAGAGAAGCUUAAGAAAAGGGAGGAGCUGGAGCGCCAGAGGGAGGAGCUCGAAAGGCGGCAAAAGGAGCUCCUCGCCAAGCAGCUAGAAGAGAAGGCGAGGCUUGAAGCCAAGCUCGCAGGCCGCAAUGGCUCCAAAUCCGACGAGAACGGAGACAGUCCGAAGAAGCCCAUGAGUCAGACGGAAGCACUCCGCGCUCAACUGGCAGCGCUCGAGGCCGAGGCGAGGCAAAUGGGACUUGACCCCGACGCACUGGACACCCCAACCCCGUGGCCAAGCCGAGGUGGUUAUGGACGAGGCAGAGGUGCUUGGCGAGGCGCAUCACCGUACACGCCGCGUGGGUCAUUCCGCGGGGGCUUCCGCGGCCGUGGUAACGCGGGUAACGUCCACGCCGCUUAUGCCGCCUAUUCCCUCGACAACCGGCCCAAGAAGGUUAUUGUCACGGGAGCGGAUUUCACUGUGCCUGAAAGGGACGAAACCCUGCGGCAAUACCUUUUUGGCAUCGGCGAGUUUACCGACGUCCAGACAAACUCGACAUUCGCAGAAAUCACCUUCAAAGACCGCAAAACGGCCGAGAAAUUCCUCAACUCGGUUCUCCUCAACAACAAGGAAAUUCCCGGCCUCGACGCCUCAUCACCCCUCGAACUAGCCUGGGGCGGACCCAACGGCUCGGCCGGCUCGGCGCCCACCACUCCUGGCGCCACCACCACCACCACCACCACCACCACCACAACCAUCACGCCAAGCAACGCGAAGAUGCAUCAAAUUGGCACCGGCCCUGCCGGGAUAGGGAGCGUCGACCCAGCAACAAAGACACCACCAACAGGCACACGCAAAGGCCACGGUGGCGGCGACGGCGAUGACGACGGGCCCGCCGCGGGGGCAGGAAGCAGCAGCGAUAAAGACGUGCACAUUCUGCUUGAGCGGCCGCCCGGCCACGGUCACGGCCAGGGGCGGGAUCUUAAUGAGAUGGAUUACGAGGUUGCUGAUGAGGAGCAGUGGGGCUACCAGUAGUGCUUCCCUCUCAGAUUUGGCUUCACACUAGGGGUUUCCUCUCUUUUUCCUGCUGGGGUAAAUUCACUAUUGGUCUUCAUGGUUUGGGAGCUCGUGAAGUUGAUGAGGUAGAGAAAGGGGUAGAUACUAAUCACUGUGUCGAUUGUGUUAUACAGUACAGUACGGGAUGCGUAUGAGUUGGGCACUGAGGUCAUUUGUGCUUGGGGUUCGAAAAGGUUGCUUUGGGCUUCAAGGGCAUGCGGACGUCUUCGCGAAAUUUGCAUGAGCGGUUAACACAAAGCAAAACGGCGGGGACGAAUGGGCAUGACCCGUGCUGGAUAAAGAACGGAGUACAGUACGAUCCUGGCCGUUACAUGCUGGCUUUUGUGGACUACCUGGAUCAUUCAACCUUGGGCACGUCGAGAAUGCACUGCAGAGCUUGUAUCAAAUAAGAGAAAAUCCGUUGGCUGU